AUUUCGAGAUUACUUUCGGCCACUCCUUUCGGCGUCUCAGUUGACUCGCCGGUAGAUCAGGCGUGGUACGAUGGCUAGUGAGGUUCAGAAAGCGCAGCUAGCAACUGAAACGGGUGAUACCAUCUUUGGCAAAAUUAUAAGAGGUGAAAUACCCACUGACUUUAUCUACGAAGAUGACAAGUGCGUAGCUUUCCAUGACAUCAACCCCCAGGCUCCUGUGCAUUUCUUGGUGAUCCCAAAGAAGGAAAUUUCGCAGCUUUCCAAGGCUACGGAAGAUGACAAGGAUAUUCUAGGCCAUAUCUUGUAUGUGGCUCAGCAAGUGGCCAAGGAGCAAAAGCUGGACAAGGGUUUUCGAAUUGUGAUCAACGACGGUCCUCAGGGUUGCCAGUCAGUUUACCAUGUUCACAUUCAUGUUCUCGGGGGACGCCAGCUCGGCUGGCCUCCGGGCUAACAUCUAUCAUGCGUAAUUUUCAGCCGACUUGUUUUUUUUUACUUUGUGUGUUUAACUACUUCACUAUAACUUUAGGUGGAAGUCUACAUCUCACUUCACUGUUCUGGUUGUCAAGUCUGAAUAAUAAACUGAUGAAAUGUU